GAGGAAAACCCACUUUUCAAUCUUUCCCAUUUCCCUCAAUAUCUCUCUCAACACCCCUAUAAAGAGGAAAAAGACAGCAGUCAAUUGGUCAAGCAGUUCAAUGCUCAUCUACCCCAUUACAUUUUCAUCACAAAUUUAGGAAAAAUACCCAACAGCUGUAAAUUAAUUUUUUGAAUUUUCUGGGUUCAAAAGAAUUUUUGUAAGAAAAACCCAAAUUCCCAUUAAAAGAUUGAUUCUUUCUUCUGAUUGACAAGAUAAAAAUGAAGUUUUUCGUCUGAAAUUUUCAAGUUUUCAUUGAAAUUUCUUACAAAUCAAACAUGGGGUUAAGCAUAAUUUCACUACAUUGUUUGAUUUUGGGAUUGUUUCUGCAAUUAGCAGUUGGUUAUGGUAGUAAUGUUUCAUAUGAUAGUCGUUCUUUCAUAAUUGAUGGACAAAGGAAGCUUCUCAUUUCCACUGCUAUUCACUACCCUCGCAGUGUCCCUGCUAUGUGGCCAGGAUUAAUUCAACUGGCAAAGGAAGGUGGGGCGAAUGUCAUUGAAUCAUAUGUAUUUUGGAACGGCCAUGAAUUAUCUCCUGACAAUUACUACUUUGAGGGACGGUAUGAUCUAGUGAAGUUUAUAAAGACCGUGCAGCAGUCUGGGAUGUAUAUGAUGCUGCGUAUUGGACCCUUUGUUGCGGCAGAGUGGAAUUUUGGAGGGGUUCCUGUUUGGCUGCACUAUGUGCCUGGAACUGUAUUUAGGACUGACAAUGAGCCAUGGAAGUAUUACAUGAAGAAGUUCACGACAUAUAUAGUGAACCUGAUGAAGAAGGAGAGGCUUUUUGCAUCACAAGGAGGUCCGAUCAUCAUGGCUCAGGUAGAAAAUGAAUAUGGGUAUUAUGAACAAUCAUAUGGAGAUGGAGGGAAAAAAUAUGCCAUGUGGGCUGCCAAAAUGGCCCUUUCUCAGAACAUAGGUGUGCCUUGGAUAAUGUGCCAGCAAUGGGAUGCACCUGCUCCUGUGAUAAAUACUUGUAAUGGAUUCUACUGUGAUGACUUUACUCCAAUUUCUUCCAAUAGUCCGAAGAUUUGGACUGAGAACUGGCCUGGAUGGUUUAAAACGUUUGGGGACGUGGACCCUCACAGGCCUGUCGAAGAUGUUGCUUAUGCUGUUGCUCGUUUUUUUCAGAAGGGUGGCAGUGUUCACAACUAUUACAUGUAUCAUGGUGGGACAAAUUUUGGUCGCACUGCUGGUGGGCCAUUCAUCACAACAAGUUACGAUUACGAUGCACCAAUUGAUGAAUAUGGCUUACCAAGGCUUCCGAAGUGGGGACAUCUCAAGGAACUUCAUGGAGCUCUAAAGUUGUGUGAGAAUGCAUUAAUUACUGGUGAAAGGACUAAUGUGUCUCUUGGUCCUCAGCAAGAGGCCAAUGUGUAUAUAGACUCUUCUGGAGGUUGUGCAGCCUUCCUUGCCAAUAUGGACAACAAAACAGACACGGUUGUGAAAUUCAGAAACAUGACAUAUCAUUUGCCUGCAUGGUCAGUCAGCAUCCUGCCAGACUGCAAAAAUGUUGUGUAUAACACUGCUAAGGUUGGAUCUCAGGCUUCUGUGAUCGAUAUGGUGCCUGAGGAUCUCAGGCCAUCAAUGGUAUCACCUAGCAAAGACUUGAAAGCUCUGCAAUGGGAAGUGUUUGUUGAAAAGCCUGGAAUCUGGGCAAAACCUGAAUUCAACAUGACAGGUUUUGUUGAUCAUAUAAAUACAACAAAAGAUACAACAGACUACCUCUGGCUCACAACAAGCCUGUAUGUUGACAGUAAUGAGAAGUUUUUGAAAGGCAGCAGCAGUCCAGUACUAUCAGUGAAAUCAAAGGGCCAUGCUCUUCAUGUUUUUGUGAAUCAAGAACUUCAAGGAAGCGGAUUUGGGAAUGGAACAGUCUUUUCCUUUGAAUCUGAAAUUCCCAUAUCUCUCAAAGCUGGAAAGAAUGAAAUUGCUCUUCUUAGCAUGACUGUUGGUCUGCAAACUGCAGGGCCGAAGUACGAAUGGAUAGGAGCAGGCCUAACAAGUGUAGAGAUCAAAGGUUUUAACAAAGGAACUGUGAAUCUUACUAAAUUUAAUUGGACUUACAAGAUUGGAUUACUGGGAGAAUACUUGAAUCUGUACAAAGGUGAGACUUUGAAAAGUACAAACUGGGUAUCAACCACUGAACCACCUAAGAGAAAACCGCUUACAUGGUACAAGGCUUUGGUGGACCCUCCCUCCGGGAAAGAGCCCGUGGGUCUGGACAUGAUACAUAUGGGAAAGGGACUAGCAUGGUUGAAUGGAGAAGAAAUAGGAAGAUAUUGGCCUCGAAAAAGUCCCAAGCAUCAUGAUUGUGUUGAUCACUGUGACUACCGCGGUAAAUUUUUACCCAACAAGUGCAGCACAGGAUGUGGAGAGCCAACUCAGAGAUGGUAUCAUGUUCCACGGUCUUGGUUUAAGCCAUCAGGCAACGUACUGGUUAUCUUUGAAGAAACAGGUGGAGAUCCAACUCAGAUCAGAUUCUCGAAAAGGAAAGCAUCGGGUGUUUGCAGUCUUGUUUCUGAAGAUCAUCCGUCUAUCACAGUAGAUUCCUGGACAACUGCUGUGAAAGACACCAACGACAAAAAACCAACCGCGCAGUUAAGCUGCCCUAGUAACACUCGCAUUUCUGCUAUAAAGUUUGCCAGUUUUGGGAACCCUUCGGGAGCUUGUGGGUCCUACAACCAGGGAGACUGCCAUGAUCCAAACUCUGCUUCCGUGCUGGAAAAGGUUUGUUUAAAUAGAAGUGACUGCAGCAUUGAGUUGAGCAAAGAGAAUUUCGAUUUAAGUUAUUGUCCAGGAACAGUUAGAAGUCUUGCUGUUGAAGCAGUUUGCAGUUGAAAUGACAGUUAAACUGUAUAAUCUACUCCGCGGAGUUUCUGUUAGCAUGGGGAGGAUCUUAACCUCGGUUUGAGUGUUGAGUUAUAUAUAUCUUACAAAGAAGAAACAGCUGCUUUUCUGCAGUGACUCGGGUUAUUCCCUGCCACCAAAGAGUGAACUAGCGCGAAGGGUUGAAGAAAACAAUUAGUACAUUCAAGAUUAGUAGUGGAAUACCAAUUCAUUAGAUGUGUAGUUAUCAUUCAAUGUAUCCUUCCAUUGUGCACAAUAAGUAAGUUUCUACUCUCAAUAUUAUUGGUGUUUGUUGGGCACAUAA